AUGAAUUUGCCAAGUUCAGUGAUCAACGGAAUCCUUAUUGAGAAGUAUAGGACAUCAGAAUAUGCAACAAGUACAAGAAGACGGAUAAGAGAACUGGCAUUCAUUGGAAAACCAGUCAUUGGAUCAAUCAGAGGAAGUGAGGCUAGCUUGUGGAAGCAGCUCUACACAUUGACUCGAAGCUAUACUGCAAUCCUGGCUAGAGGAAACAGUGCAGCAUUCAUCACAGGCUUCAUGACAUUCCUAUCUGUUGGAGGCUUCCCAUCUUUCAUUGAAGAAAUGAAGGUCUUUUAUCGCAAAAGGCACAACGGGCAUUAUGGCAAUGCAGUAUUCAUCCUAUCCAUUUCUAUCUCCUCAUUCCCUUUCUUGUUGGCAGUGUCACUCGCUACUGGCUCAAUAACCUUUUACAUGGUGAAGCUUCACCCAGGAUUCUCUCACCUUAUGUUCACCUACACCAAUCUCUUAAGCUGCAUUGCUACUGUAGAAGGGAUCAUGAUGGUUGUUGAAUCAUUGGUACCAAAUUACUUGAUGGGUGUCGUAGUUGGUACCAGAGCACUUGUAAGGAAACUACUGCAACUUUUUGUUCUUCACAAAUUUCAUCUUCUGUUCACAAAUUGCCUCCACAGGCAUCAUCAUUCAUCAACUCCUCGAGGGAUUGUAAGACAUCGAAAAAGGUAG